AUGCCUAGAAACAGAACUCAGUCGCCCAGCGGCGCUGCUCGGUCUCCCUCAAGGAGCAACCAACAGUCGCGCCGGCUGCUCGCCCUGCGCCUCUGGAGCCUCGACCAGGCCAGGAAGCAUGUUGUCGUAGCUGCGGAAGCCAUCGACGAAGCCAUCAAGGACUACAUGGCCAGCCAGCUUGCCGGAUCCCAACCCAGUGCUGACGACGUGGAUGUCAUCCACGCGGCCGUCCGGCUCCUUGAGCAGGCCGUACCGCGCAUCGCGCGCAACACAUCCGACAUCCCUGCUCCUACUGGGACCGUCAACGCAUCCCCUGAGCAAGAUCAGCCUGGAAUUGAUUCCGCCGGCGAAGACGGCGACGUGAAUAUGGACAUGUCUGAUGAGGAAGAGUCAUCAGACUCAGACAUCUUAUCCCUAGCCGGCAUUCCCGAAAGCGCCACGCUCGAGGACGAGGUGCCCUCAAGCGACGAAGAUGACCCAAUACCUCACGAUUUUGACUUAUCCAACACGAACGAGCCUAUCCGAGAAAGAGACGAAAUCAAUGGGGUCUCUUCUGAGGCGGACGAAGCCUCCGGCGAAGAUGACGCACAGUACGCACAGGAAACACAGGACACACAGGACGCACAGGACGUCCAUAUGAUCUCUUCCGAUUCCGAGGAAUAUGAACCAUACAUGUCAUCUUCCGACGAUUCGGACGAGUCCCAAGUUCGCGUCGACCAAAUAGCCGUGAGGCGGUCCAUGGCACAGGCGGCAGCGGCGGCAAACGCAGAAGCACUGAGACAUCAGGGGUAUCGGCAGCAGCCGCAACAACAGCCGCAGCAACAACAGCAGCAACAACAGCAACAACAGCGCCAGACCGCGGCCCCCGCCAGGGAUCAGGCGAAUUCCGUCGUGCCUAUCCGGAUUCAGAUCCAAAGUGCGCAGCAUCAAAACCGGCCAGGACAACCCCUCGUCGUGGGCGACUUCGGCAGUACAUGUACAUCAAGCCAGAAUCAGCUGCCUAUUCAGAAUGAGCAGCAGCAGCAGCAACAGCAUCAGCAACGCCAAUGCGCGGCCGCCGCCAGGGGACAGGCGCAUUUCGUCGACCUUGUCCGGGAUCAACAAGGACGGCCCCAACUGGCGCAGCAGCAGCUCCCGCCAGGACAACCCCUCGUCGUGAACAGCUCCGGCGGCACGUCAACCUUGAAUGAGGCGUCUUCGUCUGCGCCUGUGCAGAGCUAUUGGGAGCGGAUAAUGUACCACCACGAGCAGCAGAUGCAGCGGCUAUAUCCGUUCAUCUCGGACUCUCCCUGCUAUUGCCAGGUAUGCCACCGCUUCCAGCAGCAGCACCAGCGGUACGUGGAGGAGGUUUGGGGGCACCCGGUGAACCAGCAGCAGUACACGGGGUAUCAGCCGCACGGGGGGUAUCAACAGCGAUAUCAGGAGUGGCCCUCCCAGCAGCACCACCACCACCACCAGCAGCAGCAGCAGCAGCAGCAGCCUCUCAACCCACCUCAGGAGCUCCAGCUGCCUCCUAUCAACCGACCUCAGGGGUUCCAGCUGCCUCAUCUCAACCCGCCUCAGGGGCUCCAGCAGCAGCCAGCCAACAACCCCUAUCCGCAGCCCAGUCAGGAUGUCGGGCAGAACACAGACGAUGCGUCGAGGUCCCAGCGGCGGCAGUGA